CCAAAAGUAAAAGAAAAAACAAAGGCAAGACAGCAUGUGAGCGUGAAGAACGCGUCAUGGUGUUAAAGCAAAGACCGCGGCGUGUCAACAAUUUGAUAUACUUCCUCAAACACUUGUCUGCCUCUCCUUCCUACAGACUCUAUCUGCCUUGGCUUCCGCCUCUGUUUCCGUCUUUCUCUUUCAGUUUGUUGCGUGUCUUGGCCACUGUGUCAUCACCACUUUCUUAAAAAAAAAAAAAAGCAAAAGGAAGACUUUUUCACUUACUUUCUAUAUAUAGAAGCUCUUUGUUUCGCAAGGAAAGCUAUGAUGGGAAAAGAAAUCCUCCAUAAGAUGAAGGAAAAAGUACAAGAAAAAGUUGGCUUAAGCCCUUCCACAGCUGAAUCUGGAAAAGGGAAAAGUAAGAUGUCAAAGCACAUAACACACGGUUAUCAUUUAGUGAAGGGGAAGGCGCAUCAUCCGAUGGAAGACUAUGUUGUUGCAGAGUUUAAGCAAGUUGGUGACAGCGAGCUUGGUUUAUUUGCUAUAUUUGAUGGUCAUCUGAGCCAUAUUAUUCCUGAUUAUUUGAAGUCAAAUUUGUUUGAUAAUAUCUUGAACGAGCCUGACUUUUGGACAGAACCAGAGAAUGCAAUUAGGAAAGCAUAUCGUAUAACAGAUACAACUAUAUUGGAGAAAGCAGUUGAUUUGGGCCAAGGGGGUUCAACAGCAGUCACAGCAAUAUUGAUCAACUGCAAGAAACUAGUAAUAGCAAAUGUUGGUGAUUCUCGGGCUGUUAUCUGUAAGAAUGGUGAGGCUAGACAGCUGUCAAUUGAUCAUGAGCCCACCACAGAAAAGGAGAGCAUUGAAAAUAGAGGUGGUUUUGUGUCAAACUUUCCAGGGGAUGUUCCACGUGUUGACGGGCAGUUGGCAGUGUCGAGGGCAUUUGGUGACAAGAGUUUAAAGGAACAUCUCAGUUCAGAGCCAGAUGUGACCGUAGAGAUGAUAGGUGAUGAUACGGAGUUGAUAAUAUUAGCAAGCGAUGGUUUAUGGAAGGUAAUGACGAACCAAGAAGCUGUCGAUGCUAUUAGGAACAUUAAGGAUGCCAGGUCUGCAGCUAAGCAGCUAACUGAGGAGGCUGUAAAGAGGAACAGCACAGAUGACAUUUCCUGCGUGGUCGUAAGAUUUUAGUGAUCUUAAGUGUGGCAACUGUCUUUCUUUUGUUUCAUAAGAAUCUCUUCACAAAUGAUGUGCAAGUACCUUUGUUACGUUAAAAGAAUGUUAUGCUUAUUGUGUCAUAUCAGAAGCUUUUUAUACAUAAGCAAACUGUAAUGAAGCUGUCUAAUAAACAAAAUAGAUCCAAAUGUAAACAGAUUGUUCUGCUUUAUAUACCUAACUAGUUGCUUCUGGCAUUGCACCGA